UGUAAAUCUAAUCAUUUUCAUGGCUAUCUCCUUCCAUUUCCUCAAGUCAAACUCAGCUCUUUUGUUAAUCACUAUUCUCUCUUUACAACUUUUCCUGACCACCGGUCAUGGCGGUCACAGCCACGAUGAUGAGGAGGGCACCCUCGAUUUGCGUGCGAAAGGGUUGGUGUUGGUGAAAGUUUAUUGCUUGAUCAUUAUGUUUGUCACCACUUUUGCUGGCGGGGUGUCUCCUUACUUCUACAGAUGGAACGAAAGCUUUCUAUUGUUGGGCACUCAGUUCGCCGGCGGUGUGUUUUUAGGGACUUCUCUCAUGCAUUUCUUGAGUGACUCUAACGAAGUCUUUGGUGAUCUUACAACAAAAACAUACCCUUUUGCUUUCAUGUUGGCAUCGGCUGGUUACCUUCUCACCAUGUUUAGUGAUUGUGUGAUAUUAUAUGUCGUCGGAAGAGGAGGUCAUGGUGGUGGUGGGGAAAAUAAAGUGGCGGUGGUGGAGGAGGAGGAGGAGGGGAGGAUGAGGGGUGGGGAUCCAUCGGAACAUGGAAAUCACAGCCACCCUAUAUUUGUUAAGACAUCAUCCUUAAGCGAUACCAUUCUACUUAUCCUUGCAUUGUGUUUCCAUUCUAUUUUCGAGGGUAUUGCUGUUGGUGUAUCAUCAACAAAAACAGAUGCAUGGAGAAACCUAUGGACAAUCUCUCUGCACAAGAUUUUUGCAGCAGUUGCGAUGGGAAUCGCUCUCCUGAGACUGAUACCAAAGAGGCCAUUCUUGUUAACCGUGAUCUACUCUUUCGCCUUUGCAAUCUCAAGCCCUAUUGGGGUUGGAAUAGGAAUCGCCAUUAAUGCCACAACCGAAGGGGCAGUAGCUGAUUGGAUGUAUGCCAUCUCCAUGGGGAUUGCUACUGGGGUUUUUGUUUAUGUAGCUAUUCAUCAUCUCAUAGCCAAAGGUUUCAAACCACAAGAAGACGCUUACUUUGACAAACCAUUUUUCAAGUUCCUUGCUGUGCUUCUUGGUGUUGGAGUCAUUGCAGUUGUGAUGAUUUGGGAUUAAUGUAACUUUCAAAAGGAUUUCUAAUCAUUCGGAUCUUGUACGUGGAUGUUAUUUGCUAAUGUACUCCAUUUUAUUGUAUAAUGGUCUGCUUCAACAAGUUUCUUUUCUAUUGCCUGCCG